CCAUACAGAAGCUCUGGGAUCUAAACAUGCCAUAAAGUUAUUCUUAUGGUAAGAACUGCUGAUAAGAAUUAUUGCAUGGCAUCUUGUCUUUUUUGGUGCACUAAUGUUUAUUUAAAAAAUAAUACUGCACUGUAACAUUGUUGUAACUUUUAAUUAUUUUAUACAUUGUAAAACGUUUCUACCUAUUUAAACUUUAACUUCAGUUCAGUUGAUGCAUCAACGUUUUAAGUAUAAUCAAAUUGGUCAUUUCAGCUUAAAUUAUAUUAAACCAAUUUAAAAUCUCAAGCUGAAUCUUGUACAAUUUAAAAUACAUAGUUGAAAUUGGUUAAAUCAUUUUGAUGGGUAAGCGUAAAGGAAAAACAUGUUGCAUAUUACGUAUUACAUAUAAAAAAAAACAUACAUUUUAGUUGAAUUAAAAAUGUACAUUUUAACUUUAGAUGUUAAAUAUUGAUGCUAAAUUCACUGCUGUUUUAUAUAGAAUUGUAUAUUUUUUUAAUGCAAUUACAUUAGAAGUAACUGCCAUUAAAUGACAGAAAAAUAGGAGUAAUCCCUUGCUUUUUCAAGGGAAUUUAAUUACAAAAAUUAAUAACACCUAACACCGAUAGGGACAAAAUGCAAUAAAAGAAAAAAAAAUUGUUAAUUGAAAUUUUAUAUAUCUUGACUAUGGUGGUAAAAACACAAAUAACUGUAAAGCAAAAUAUCACAAUUUUUAAGAAAUAUUUUGAGGUGUGUGGGAUCGACAUCUGGUUUUUGUCAAGGCAUUAAAUCUCAUUCUCUCAUUAGGAAAGGUUCAAAGAUUGCACCAUGGCAUCUUUAAUCAAGCUGGUGUGUUCAAACAUGUGUGGGGGAGGCAUUCUCAGAAAUGAAAACAUGAGGCUAAUGAUUUGUAACCGUGAAAGUGUUAACCUCUCUGCAUUACAUCUUCUGUUUAAGCAGACUCUGUAUUACAGGAGCGAUGCUGCUGUUGUGGAUAGCAUUAUCUCUCACCUGGCCUGGCACAACUGGCUUUACGAUCCAUAGCAUGAAGGAAGGUCUGUGUCUGGAGGACUCGUCUGAAGGAGCUGUUGAGUUAAAGACCUGUCGUCUGGACUCGGUCCUGCAGCAGUGGAAGUGGACAGAUCACUGGCUCCUAGUAAACACAGGAACCCUGAGGUGUCUCUCCGCCGUCCACAUUGACCCAGUCCAGACCAUCACUUGUGAUUCUAGUCAACAUAUCAAAUGGCAGUGCAAAGCUCAACAGCUCAUCAGCCUGCAAAACUCUCUGACAUUGAGCACAGAGAAAGGAAAACUCAGGCUAAACGCGGGUGAACCCGACACAUGGAAAUCUCUGGACGCGGGCGACAUCUGCCAGAAUAAAGCGAGGUCCAGAAGAGAAAGCGAUUUAGAGGCCGAUGAGUUUGACUUUGCUGAAGGGCCGCCUGCACCGAGAAUGACAGAGGCACAGAUGAAGUUUUUACAGUGGUAUUACCGCACAGAGGACCCAACAACGUGGAAGUUCGGCAUGCUGGCAUUUGCUUUUCUGGGUCUACUGAUUGGUGCUAUGCUGAUGGUCAUGGGCAUGAUGGCUAAUAGGAACAGGAAGCAAAUAGCCAAAUACAAAGCAGCCUCUAAAGUCACAGCGGUGAAAGCUGAAACGGAGGAGUUGCAGGUCAUGGUCACUGAUAAGGUCACAGAGGUCAAGGAGGAGAAAACCCAUUUCAUCCCAUCCGAAAACAACAGCCAUAGGGAUCGUGAAGAGCCUUCAUUCGACAGCAAAGCCUCAGAGGAGCUGAAGCCCGGAGAAACAGUGGAGACCUGGAAGGACGGGAAUGUGUCUACUUUGUGUUCCGAACCUGCAGAGGAAGGACAAGGGGAAGAGGACGUCCACAACACAGAUGUGUCCCAAAACUCCCCCCGAGCAAUAGUUUCAUCUGAGACAAUUGCAUUUUAACUUAAUCCUACCGUGUUGACUUUCACAUUAUAUUCCAAAUGAAGACAACAUCUAAUUGGUUGACAAAACAUUUUAGAGUUAACCCAAGGCUAUAAAUACCCACAAUUUUUACCAAUGGAAAUGUCUAUUACAUUUACAUUGAUGACACAAAGUCUUUAUAAGAAUAUUUUUUUUAUGUUUUUGAAUUAAGUCUCUUAUGCUCACAAGGCAGCAUUUACGCUAACAAAAUACUGUAAAAAACGUAAUAUUGUUAAAUAUGAUUACAACUUAAACUAUAUAACUUUAAAAUAACUUUUUUUUUUAUAUAUUUUUAAAUUGUAAUUUAUUCUGUGCAAAUGUUUUCAGCAUUGAAAAUAAUAAUAUUUUCUUGAGCAGCAAAUCAGGAGGAAUACAUUAAAUUAUUUAUAUUUUAUUAAAUGUCUUAAAAUAGAAAAUCAUCAUUUUAAAUGUUGUUAAUAUUACUGUAUUACUGUGUUUUGAUCAAAUAAAUGCUCUCUUGGUGAGCAUUAUAGAAUUCUUUCAAAAACACACAUAAUAAAAUCUAUUAUUUCUUAUAAUAACUUUUAAAAACCAGUGUUUAAUAAUUAUAGCACUUGGUUUCCCUAGCCCAAAAUAUAUGCUUAUAGCCUUGAUUCAACCAACCAGAUUUAUAAUUACAUAAUAUAUUUAAAGUUUUAUAGUGUGUUUCAAAAGGCAAGUUUUCUAUUUGUUAUAAAACUAUAUAUGUGUGUGUGUGUCUGUGUGUGUGUGUGAAUGCAUCAAAAUUGGUCACGAGUUUUUUCUGAACCAUAAAGUAAUUGUUUACCAUACAACUUUAAUGGAUUAAACCAAAUAUUUUAUUUCAUUUUUUUUUUUUGCUUCCCCUAUAUAAAGCAAUGUAAAUUAUUCGCUUCUCUCUCACCUGAUGUAAUGCAAUAUGAUAAACGUGGUCAUUUCAGUUUUUCAUCAAUACUAACAUUUUUUUUUUUUUU